AUGGAAUCAUUCUGGGUGUCCCUUAUCGAGCGGGAGUCGCUUCUACCACGACUUUUCCCAGACUACACCAUUGUCGACUGCCUGAUUACAGCUCUUCGAGACUCACGGACCGACAAAGUUCCAUGCACCCUGAAAAUACGAUUCCGGAGGGCACCGAGAUCCUUCCCAUCGGAGCUGUUUCUCCACCUCGGCGGGCCUGUUCCGGCCAGCACACGACACGAAGCCUCCGACAUUGCCGUCAUCGCGUCUCUCCAAAACGUCGCGCUGUCGAAGAAUGUCAUGGGCGCGCUUCCCAGAGUUUUGCAAUUGGGUCGGCUCAAUUUGGAGGACGGAUCACGGCUGGAUUACUUUUGUGAAGAUUGCGUUCCCAACACGGUGUCACUAGACUCGGUCCUUGGUGAGAUUUCCGAGUCAGAUCUUAGCAACAUCGCGGAUGCUGUGGUACAUGGUAUAUUCCGGCGAGAGAGCUAUAAUCUGCGAAUCGACAGCGACGAGAUCCUCUCAAAACUACUCAAUACCCCUCUCAACCCCGUCUACGAUGAUGGCAAGUCCUAUGGAGGCUGGAUUGGCGGACCUCAUUUGGGAUAUCACAACGACACCGCCUCUCUUCUGAAGCGGAUACUUGAGCCACCACAGGCUCGCAAUACUCAUAACCCCUUGGUCUACAGCAUGAUUGCAUGUCUCGAUCUUGACGGCUUUACCCAUGUUGUCAUCGAUUCUACACGAUAUCCAGAUCUCGAGCCGAUCCACCUCACCUCUAAAGACCUCAAGAAUCUGUACACGGGAAGCGUUCUGUGUCACUAUGCCCUCCACGAGCCAAGAAACAUUCUUGUCCGUAAAUACGGUGAUCAAUUCCAGUUUGUAGCCAUCGUGGGCUGGAAAAACGCGGGAUUCGGCCCGGCGCCCCUCGAAUUGGGGCUGCUCUCCAGCAGUCGGGGCAACGACUGCGCUUGGUCUCGAAUGUUCCAGAGUAAGGCCCAGAGUAAGGCCCAAACAGUACUCUCGAAGACUGAUUCUGGAGGAAAGUUGCUUCGCGCAAUGAUGCUUGUACAGCAAGCUAUUGAUCGCGACACGGGGAGGGACAGUGAUGGAAAUCCAACGGGCUGGUCGACAGAAGGAGCUGACGCUCCGUAUGCAGCAAAUGGAUUGGAAAAGCUUGAAAUAGACCCACCAGCAUUUGUGGGAUCUUGA